AUGAAUAGACAAUUUCUGUGGACGUAUUUUAUUGGCGUGCCUAUAUUAGCACUUAGUUCUUUUUUUAUAUUAUUUCUUUUAUUAAAAGAUAAUAAAAAUAAUAUUUACAAUGUGACUAAAUUACCAUUAAAUAAUUCUACUAAAACAACUAAAAUAUAUAGUACAACUAAAUAUUUUAAUACUCCUUUAAUAACAAAAUUUUCAAAUCAAAGUAAGACUACAGUAAAAAUUUCUAAAAUAUCAUCAACAAAAAAUUAUAAUACAAUUGCUAAAAGUACAACAACAAUAACUCCAUGUCUUUCUGGAAGAGUAAUAAAAAAAUGUGAAAAUGAACUUAUUUUAUCAUUAGAUAGUUCAUCAGAUAUUUUAACACCACAACUAUUUCAGAAUCAAAUAAAUGCUAUAAAAAAUAAUGUAAUAAAUUAUUGGUAUAAUUUUACAAAAAUUUCAUUAACAUGGUAUAAUGAACUUGCUUAUACUUCUUCAACAUUUGGAACAAUUGAAACAGAAGAUGAGUUUAAAUAUUUUUUAACACUUAUACAUCAAAAUAAAGGAUCAAAUUUAAGUAGUUUAAUAAAACAACUAAAUAAAAUUAACGUAGAUAAUUUUAAAAAUAUUUCAACAAUAGUUUUUGUAUCAAAAAUUGAAGAAUCAGAUAUUUUAAAUGUUCUAAACGAUGCUUUAAUUUUAAAAAAUAAAGGUUCACUUAGUUUUAUUGUGUUAGAAAAUAUACCAAAUAUUUCAUUUUUAAAACUUUUAAAUCCGAAUGAAAUUUUAACAUGGAAUUUUUCACUUGAUACCGCUUCAAAAUUAAGCAAAUUUAUUAAUAGUAUUAGAAAGUGUAAAGAUUUUUGUAAAAAUUAUAUAAGUACAUAUACAUCAAAUUUAAUAACUAAAAUAUUUUCAACAACUAAACCAAUUAUAACUUCUACAAAUAUUUCUAAAAUUUCAACAUCAAAUAUAAAAACAUCUACUAAAAUUAAAAGUACAUCUACUUUAAAUUUAAUUACAUCUACAACUAGGUGGAGAAUAUCUCCGACAAACAAUAUUACUUUUACAACAACAUCAAGUCUAGUAACAACGACACAAUUUCAAUGUCCUUUUGGAAAACCAAUUCAAAUAUGUGAUGGAAAUAUUGUUAUGGUAAUAGAUUCUACAAAUGAUACUCUUACACCAAAUUUAUUUGAACGUCAGUUAGAAGUUAUCAAAAAUAAUAUUGAACCAUUAUGGAACGAUUAUAGCAAAAUUGCUUUAGGAUGGUACAAUAAAUUUCCAACAAUUGAUUUUAGUUAUGGAACAAUAAAUAAUAAAGAAGAAUUUGACAAAAUUCUUUAUAGUAUUCAGCAAUAUCGUGGAUCAAGUUUAAGUAAAUUACUAUCUUCAAUUAAUAAUCUUCCAGAACAAAAGAAAAAAAUUACAAUUUUUGUCUUUAUUUCUGAAAUAUCUAAUAAUGAAUUAAUGAAAUCAAUACCAUAUGUUUCUUUAUUGAAAAAAAAAGGAAAUGUAAAUUUUAUAAUCUUAGGAAAUGUAGUUCCUAUUCAUAUUCUUGAAACUUUAAAACCUACAGCUGUUUAUAGUUGGGAUUUUACUUGUACCAAUGCAAUUCAAAUUGUAAAAUUUGUAAAUGCAUCUAUGAGUUGUACUACUGAAUGUAGUAACGAAUCUUUGAGUUAUUUAAAAAAUGUUGUAAAAAAUGAUUCUAGUUAUUUAAAUUUAAAAAAAAAUAAGAAUUUAAAAAAAAGUUAUUAUGUAAAGAAUAAAUGUCUAAACGGUAUUUUGGUAAAGAAUUGUUCAAAUGAUAUUCUAUUUAUUCUUGAUGCUUCAAAUGAUUUAAUAUCAAAAUCAGAAUUUAUAAAAAUGGUUUCAGCUGUCAAAGAUCAUUUUAUAAGUUUAUUUUAUGAUUAUUCACGUAUCGCAUUAUCAUGGUACAAUUCAAAUUCAUUAACUUAUUUUCCAUUUUCUACUAUUAAAAGAAAAUUCGACUUUGAUCAUGACAUUUCGCUUAUAAAACAACAACCUGGAAGAAAUUUAAGAAGUCAUCUUAAAGAUAUUAUUUAUAAAUAUUUACAAAACUAUGGAAAUAACAAUAAAAAUAUUUCUAUUUUUCUUUAUAUUUCUAAUAUUUCAAAAAUUGAUUUAUUACAAUCUAUUGGUUAUAUUAAUGAUUUAAAAAAUUUUGGAUCAGUAAAUAUUAUUGCUAUGGGAAAGCAUAUAAAUAUGAAUGAUUUAAAAUUAUUAAAUGGUUCUAAAAUUUUUAUGUGGGAUUUUUCCUGGAAAAGCACUUUUUCAAUGAUUUCUUUUUUUAAUGACAUUGCACAAUGCCGUUUUGUAUGUCAAGAAAGUAUAAAAAAAGACAAUUUAAAAUUUAAAGUUAAUACAUACACUACGACGUCAUUGAAACCAAAUAUUUCAAAAUUUUAUUUAAAUGAAAAAAAUAAUUGUAGUUCUGAUAUUUAUUUUAUUAUAGAUUCAACAAACGAUGUAUUAAACAAAGAAUCUUUUAAUAUGCAAAUUAGUCUUCUUCAAGAUAAUAUUUCAACAUUUAUUGAUAAUUAUAAUACUGUUUCAUUAUCUUGGUACGACUAUAACCCACAUUUAUUAUUUCCAAUAUCAAAAAUUUCUUCUAAACAAAAUUUUAUAAAAAAUUUGCAAAAAAUAAAUCAAAAAUCUGGUUCUAGACUAUCAAAAAUCUUAAAAGUAAUAAGUAGUAUGGCUUUAAUAAAUGACAGAAAAAUAUCUGUAUAUAUUUUUGUUUCUAAAAAUUCAACCACAGAAUUUGAUAAAUCAAUUGAAUACAUAAAAACUAUGAAAAAAUAUGGAAAUGUAAAUUUUAUUUGUCUUGGUUAUCAAGUUCAAAAAUUAGAUUUAGCUCAAUUGUUACCGUCGAAUGUAUUUGAAUGGAAUUUUAAUAAAUCACUAACAGAAUCUUUAAUAAAUUUUUACAUUAAUUCUAAAACAUGUGAUACUGAAUACAUUUAUUCAUCAACAAUAUCUCCAAUUACAGAAACUAUUACAAGUCCAGAUAUUCAAAGAAAUACAAAAAAUAUUUUAAGUACAACAAUAUCUUCCCUAUGUAUAAAUGAAACACCUUUGACUAUAUGUGAUAAAAAUAUUGUAAUAGCUUUAGUGACAUCAAAGAAUUCAUUACUAUUAGAAGUUUUUAAAACUAAAAUAAAUACAAUUAUUAAUAAUAUUUAUUCUAACAGGAUAAAUUUAAAAAAUGUAACAUUAUCACGGUACAAUAAAGGAAUAAAAGUAAAAGCUUUUGAAAUAUUUUCAAGUGAAAAUUAUUUUGAUGAACUUUUAAAAAAUAUUACAAAAUUUGAUGAUUGGAAAAUGAAUGAACUUUUUAAUCUAUUAAAUUUAAUACCUACAUCAGAAAAUAUUUCAACUUUUAUUUUUGUUUCUGAAGAUAGAUUUAAUGAAAUAUUAGGAUGUGAUGAAUAUUUUAGUAGAUUAAAAAAUAAAGGAUCAUUAAAUUUUAUUUUAAUAAACUUUAAAAUCGAAAAAAAAUAUCUUAAACUUUUAAAUAAUACAAACAUUUUUCAAUGGAAUAUGAAGAAUGAAAGUAUAUCAAAAAUUGGUGAAUUUUUCAAAAAAUCAUUAAACUGUAUUAAUGUUUGUGAAAGUUCGACAGUUUCAUUAACAGAUAAUUAUACUACAUCAAUUUUUAAAAGUACAAAGUCAAAAUCAAUUUUAACUUCUACAUCAUUAUCAGUAGAAACUUCAACUACUCAAAAAAAUAUUAUGACUUCUAUUUAUCCAAAUUUAAUUACAAUAAAAAAUUCAAAUAUAACUAGUACAACCUUAAGUAGUGAAAUAAAUAUGUCUUCAACAAUGUUAAAUAUUUCUAAUGCUAGCACAUUUGAAAUGUCAAGUAAAAAAUUUUCAACAACUUCAAUCUCAAUGACUAUGAUACCAUUUACAAAGUGUGGAACAAAUGUAUUUUUUGUUUUAGAUGGAAGAGGAGAAGUAUCUAGCAGUCUUUUUGAAAAACAAAAAAAAAUUUUAGUUGAUAUUGCUCAGAAAUUGAAUAUGAUUCAUAACAAUGCAACUAUAAAUAUCAACUAUAUUGAUAACAUGUUUAAUAUACUUUUUCCAAUUCAACCAAAGUCAUUUUCAACUAUCAUAUCAACACCUGAAGAAUGGAAAUGUGCUUUAAGUUUUAUAUCAGAGAAUAAAGAAAUGUAUAAAAAAAGUUGUAACAAGUCUUUGCUAGUACCAUUUCAAAAAUUAUCAACUUCAAGUGGUCCGACAAUAGAUAAAGUUUUACAAAAAUUUCAAAAAGAAAUAUCGUACUCCAAAAAAACUCAUUAUAAUACAACGUUUAAUCAAAAUUCAAUAAUGAUAUUAUUUACGUUAACUAAAGAACAAAAAGAAAUUGAUGAUUCACUUGAUUAUGUUAAUGAUAUUAAGUUAAACUACAAACAGUUUCAUCUUGCAGUGGUAAAAUUAUCUUAUAAUGACACAUUUAAUUAUUCAAAAAUAUCAAAAAAUGUAUUAGAAUUUAGUUAUUUAGAUAUUUUUAAUUUUGUUAAAAACUUUAAUUGUGACUAG